CUGGUUGCAACGGCACCAACAUCGCCAGUGGCAGCCAGCGCAGUCCAGCCACGCCCGAUUGCAACAACAACAACAAUACCAACGAUCAUCACAACCAGCAGCAGUGGCAACAACAGUCCAGCAGGUGUGAAUACAAAAUAUGCAACCAAUGGGGUGCAAAUACCCAACAGCAACAACAAUAACAAUGAUAAUAAUUUUAAUAUAAUCAACAACAACAAUAGAAGCAAUAAAUUCAGUGCCAACAACAAUAGUCAUAGUAGUGGUAGCAGUAAUGGCAAUGGCAAUGCUGUUGGUAAUGGUAAUGGUAAUGGUAAUGGUAAUCGUAAUGCCAGAAGUGUAAGCCAUACGAGCAGUUUUUGUGAUAUCAACGGCGGUGCAGCAGCACCCGUACCACCGCCGAAAAAAAUUGUAACAGCAACCAUUAUACCAACAACAACAAAUCUACUUCGUGAUAGCAAUAAUGUGCCACAGCAACAACAACAAUCACUACCAUCAUCGUUACACUGGCAUUCGCCGCAAAUUGUCAAGGAGUCAGCGUAUCAGCAGCAGCAACAACAACAACAACAACAACAUUUGCCGCAACGCAGCAGCUCGUUGUUGUUGCAGCGGGACGGACAUGUGAAUAUGUCAAAUCGUUUGCGUCAGCAGCAGGAGCAAUUGCGUCGCCGGCGCGAAGAGGAAGAGCGCAUCGCGCAACAAAAUGAGUUUCUACGCAACAGUCUGCGCGGUUCACGGAAGCUCAAGGCGCUGCAGGACAACAAGGCAGCAGCACAACAGCAACCGGUUGCUGCGGAGCGUGUAACUGGUGUGGAGAAUGAGGCGUAUAUGGACGAUGAGGAGGUCGAAAAGAUCAAUGGCUACGGCGAGCUGAUCGCCGCGCUGACACGCUUGCAGAAUCAACUCACCAAAAAUGGCAUGUCCACACUUGCAGGCCGAGUGUCGGCUGCCCACAAUGUGCUGAGCGGCGCGGGUGUGGCUCAUGCGCUUGCUGCGCGCACCGCGGUACUGCAGCGCCGUCGCCCACGGGUUGCCAACCCGGUUAGCGCAAAUGCUUCUACGCUACAAAAGGAUAUCGUGGAACUGCUGACGCAAUCGAAUACCGCCGCCGCCAUUGAGCUGGGUAAUUUGCUGACGAGUCAUGAAAUGGAGGGUCUGCUGUUAGCGCAUGAUCGGGUAGCGACACUCACCGAUGCCACGCCGUCACCAACGCUCAGCGGCACGAGCAGCCCACAGCAGACAUCAGCAGGUGCCGGUGUUGCGCCAGUGCCUCUACCGAAGAGCGCAGCGGUGCGCGGCACAGCCGUGGCUCCACCUGUGGUGCCGCCGCCGCUAGCGCAGCGCAGUGCCAUGCCACUGCCGCCGAAUGUAGUGGGUGGAGCUGGGACACAGCACGCGCCGCCAGUGCCGCCGCAACAUGGUGGCUUUAUGAAACAACCGAUGCGCGCCGAUUCGCCGCCAUUGAGCGCCUGCUUCGGCACGCUCAACGAUCAGAACGACAACAUACGCAUCAUACAGAUUGAGAAGUCCACGGAACCGCUGGGCGCGACGGUGCGCAACGAGGGUGAGGCGGUCGUCAUUGGACGCAUAGUACGUGGCGGAGCUGCCGAGAAGUCAGGGCUGCUGCACGAAGGCGACGAAAUACUCGAGGUGAACGGGCAAGAGCUGCGCGGCAAAACGGUAAACGAGGUGUGCGCUCUGCUAAGCUCCAUGCAGGGUACGCUGACCUUCCUUAUUGUACCGGCGGGAAGUCCACCACCGGGCGGCGGCCAUCGCGAGAAUGCCGUGCUGCAUGUGCGCGCCCACUUCGACUACGACCCCGAAGAUGAUUUGUACAUACCAUGUCGCGAGCUCGGCAUCAGCUUCCAGAAAGGUGAUGUGCUACACGUGAUUUCGCGCGACGAUCCCAACUGGUGGCAGGCGUAUCGCGAAGGCGAAGAGGACCAAACGCUGGCCGGUCUCAUACCUAGUCAAUCGUUUCAGCAUCAGCGCGAGACCAUGAAGUUGGCCAUUGCCGAGGAGGCGGGGUUGGCGCGCAGUCGUGGCAAGGAUAGCAACAAGGGUGCGACGCUGCUAUGCGCGCGCAAGGGACGAAAGAAGAAGAAGAAGGCCAGCUCGGAAGCAGGUUAUCCGUUGUACGCAACGACGGCGCCCGACGAAACGGACCCCGAGGAAAUACUCACCUACGAAGAGGUCGCCUUAUACUAUCCACGUGCCACACACAAACGGCCCAUUGUGCUGAUCGGGCCACCAAAUAUCGGACGUCACGAGCUGCGCCAGCGCCUGAUGGCCGACUCGGAUCGCUUCUCGGCGGCAGUGCCACAUACAUCACGUGCGCGCCGCGAAGGUGAAGUACCCGGCGUUGAUUAUCACUUCAUCACGCGCCAAGCCUUUGAGGCGGACAUACUGGCGCGCCGCUUCGUCGAACAUGGCGAAUACGAGAAGGCUUACUAUGGCACCUCGCUGGAGGCCAUACGUACAGUGGUGGCGAGCGGUAAAAUCUGUGUACUGAACCUCCAUCCACAGAGUUUGAAAUUGUUGCGCGCCUCCGAUUUGAAGCCGUAUGUAGUGCUGGUGGCGCCACCGAGUCUCGAUAAACUGCGGCAGAAGAAAAUCCGAAAUGGCGAACCGUUCAAGGAGGAGGAACUCAAAGACAUUAUAGCCACUGCACGCGACAUGGAGGCGCGCUGGGGUCAUCUCUUCGACAUGAUAAUCAUAAACAACGACACAGAUCGGGCAUAUCAACAGCUGCUGGCCGAGAUUAAUUCAUUGGAACGCGAACCACAAUGGGUGCCAGCCAGUUGGGUGCAUAACAAUCGAGACGAGUCAUAAAGUCGAGCUGAAAUAAAUAGAGUGCAAACGGAAUGGAAUUAAACGAGGCGGAAGUACGAGGUUAGGCAAUAA